GCGGUUCAAAGUGCUCCCGACUAGAGUUGAACCACAGGUCCUGCGCUUCCGGAGUGUCCUGUCCUGUCCUGGGAGGCCACUCGCUCGCAAACGGCUGAAAACACCGAACACCGAACAGUUAUGUGUGGCCCCAGUUAUUGCACACUGCUGCUAAUCGCGGCUUCCUGCUACGUCCUCGUGGUUUGCAGCCAGGCGAAGUCCUUGCAGGGCACGAGCAAACUGGAUUUGGCAAAUCACAUCAGUGCAGGAGGCUCUGCCAGAGGAUCAUCAUCAUCAUCGCAAUCUCCUUCAGCGGCGGCGGCGGCGGCGAUGAUGAGUGAAGCCCGCCAGAAACGCGCCAUGGGCGAAUACAAAGAGCUGACUGACAUCAUUGACGAGCUGGAGGAGAAUAGUCUGGCCCAGAAGGCGAGUGCCACCAUUCCGGUGGCCGGAAUGCUGCCGCCGGGUCAGGAAUUUGAUUUGGACAGCAUGCCGCCACUGACCUACUACCUGCUGCUCCAAAAGCUGCGACAACUGCAGAGCAGCGGCGAGCCCGCUUAUCGCGUGCGGACGCCACGCCUUGGCCGCAGCAUUGACUUUCAGCGGCUCUUGGACGGAGGAGAGGGGGCAGCGGUGGGGAUGGCGGGGAGCGAGGAGGCCACCGGCGGGCAGUUCAUGCAGCGCAUGAUAAAGAAAUCGGUGCCGUUCAAGCCACGCCUGGGCAAACGUGCUCAAGUGUGCGGUGGCGAUUGAGUCACGACAAGGACGCGAGGACAUGCCACACGGAACCACGGAAUAACGGAACCAGGGGAACCACGGAACCGGACGGAGGACGACGACGAUACCAGGACAAGGUUGAGGCCAGGCAACUGGCCCUCGAGCUAACUUAACUCUUAACUUAAUGGCCAGCUGAAUUCGACGCAACGCAAAAAUAAUCCACAUAUGCAUAGUGAAUGACUAGUUACCAGCGCUAUAACCCUUUUUUGAGAGGAACUAAUGAUGUGUAUAUAUAGUACAUGUAUUUAUUAUUUAUUUGAAUAAAUUGCAGCCCCCAAAAG